GUUCGAGCAAAGUUAAAUGUAGAUGCAACUAGAAAAGGGUCGUGAUCAUUUGCUGUUGGGCUUUAGGCUUGGGGACCUUGACGUAUGGAUGAUUGUUGUGUUUGGAUGCGGUGCAUUGCUCGUACUUUGCAUGGAUUUCAGUUUACAUUGUUAGACAUGCUUAGAGGAUUUUCUUCUGGUUGAUUGUGAGAACACCCAAGACUUAAAACUGUAAAGCAUCCAGAGCUGGUAUCAUGACUUAGUAACUGUUGCAAGGUGAAGUAAAGGCAUGAAACAGCGGCAACACAUUUCCCAUGAAAUCCAACGUUGUCGCAAGCCACAAAAACAAUAGAGACAACAAAUCUCUCUCUCUCUCUCUCUCGUGAAGGUGAAGCAUACCUCUCUUGUUCAGCAUUUUUAGAUAACAGCAAAUUCAAGUUACCACCUUUUUUUCUAACAUUCAAUCCUUGAAUCAACAAAUGGAUUCUGAUUUCUGGACCUCGCGUAUCGCCGCCGCCAAACGCCACCAUGCCCUUCACCACCAUCACCAACCUUCCCACUUUGAUCGUUUAGGAGUGGAUGAUUUUGAUAUGGAAGAUGGGGUUCGACCUGAUUUUCCAUGCCCCUAUUGCUAUGUGGAGCUCGACAUCCUUUCCCUUUGUUCCCAUCUCGAAGACGAGCAUUCCUGCGAAUCCAAAGGCACGAUUUGUCCAAUAUGCUCAGUUAAAGUUGCGCGGGAUAUGUUGAGUCACAUAACGCUCCAGCAUGCGCACUUGUUCAAAUUACAGAGACGACGAAGGUUAAGAAGAGUUGCCAUUCCUAACAGUCAGGCAUUGUCUCUGUUGGGCCGAGAUCUUCGCGAGGCUCAUUUGCAGGUGCUUCUUGGUGGUGGAUACCGAACAAGCAGCACUAGUACUGUGACUAAUGCUGUUACUGAUCCCUUACUAUCCUCACUUAUUUUUAAUUUCCCUGCUUUGGAAGCAGAAGAAAUUUGUAAAUCUGAGGUAACACAUGUUGAAGAUUCCUCUUUGAAUCCGGCACCUGUACAUAUCUGGAAAUCAAGUUUUGAUCCCUCAUUGACAUUGAGUAGUGAAGAGAGAGAGAAAAGGAUGAGACAAGCUGCUGGGAGAUCCGGUUUUGUGCAGGAUUUGUUCCUUUCAGCAUUGUUAGGAGACCAAUGAAAUGAAAUCAAAGAGACUAAUCAUUAAUCAAACUAACUUAUAUUGCAUUUUGCAUCCAUCAUUAGGAUACAGUGCCUAUUCAAUGUUGGCCUCAUUCAUAUUUUUGAAGCAGUGGCACUUUUGGCUUAGCUUUGAUAAUAUAUGAUUAUAUUUACUAAUGCUGAAUUAUGAAACUCAGUUUUUGCUGAAAUUGUAUCAUAUUCCCUAUCAGGCAAAGAAAAGGAAAUUAGUGAUCCAAUUAUUAUUUAUGGUUUAUUUCAGUUGUGCAACACACAUCCAUGGUAUCUGAAAGGCAAACUAUUGAUUGGUAUUUUAUGAUACUAGCUUUAUUUGCAAAAUGAGUUGGUAAUAUCAUUUCUCUUAAUCAUAGUAAUGUUGAUCGCCUCCAACCAAAUAAAAAAUAAAAUAUCACUUUUAAACUGUUGAUGAUUUGUUUUUCUAAUGGACUCAAUAUUUAUAUUCUAAAAAAAUGAUGGUUGUUAAAUAUAUUAUGUAUUUAUAGCAACAAUGACAUGGAAGGCACCUAUAAAUAUUCUUCCUUAUAAACUUGAAUAUCAGAUAUUUUUAUUCCUUGAAAUGAUUGGGGUAAUAUAAUUGAGAUUGGUCCAAACCUUUGAGCUUAGGUGUAUAUAUUUAUUUUGUGUUUGCCAUAUCUGUAUGUAUGUAUAUAUAUGGCUGUUGCACAAUCAUUCUCUCCAUUAAAGAAUAUAUUAUAUAACCUGCAAUGCAAGUCAUCCAAUUGACCCCACCCUCCAACACAUACUACCAAUAAUCCAAAAUAUAUAAGUGUGGUUAGUGAUAAGUUUUGUGGUUCAUUGAAGAAAGUAGAUGAUGGUGGAGCUAUUCGUGUUGGGGUGCACAGGAAUCGUGGUGUUCCUUCAUGGUGCCAAUUUCUUCUUCCAUGCUCUCAGUCAACACCUUGCUCUCAGAUCUCUCAGAUCUCUCAGGUACCCUUUCCUUUCCAAUUCUCUCUCUAUUGCAUACAUGUUGAUUGUUCUCUGUUUCAUCUUCGAUUGCAGUUUCUUGGGGUAUGUAGGGUGGUAGAUUUUUGAAGACAACAACUCAGCAAAGUUAAUUCCAUGUGCAACCACUUGCAACUGUCUUUACGCUUUGUACAUGUUAGAGAAUUAUUAGAAUCAAUUUAGAUCGUUUAUAUUUAUAUAGCAUUUGUAUAUUAAUUGUAGGAUUUUAUGCCUUUAUUACUUUGAUUCAUUUAGCACCUAUAAAUACCCUUGUAUAUUGUACUUUUGAUCAGACUGAAUAACAUACAGAACAGUUUGGUCUCUUGUUUCUAAUAGUACAUACAUAAAUAUAUUUCUUCAA